UUAGGGUUUUCUGACACUUUAUAAAUUAUUUUUAAUAAAAAAAUUUCAGAUAUAAAAAAUUUAAUAAUGUAUUCAUUAAAACUUUACACAUUUAGUUUUGUAUUAUUUUCUAUGUUAUUGUAUACAAAAGCAGAACCGGCUAAAAGAAAAACGAUUGAUCAGUUAGAUGAGUUACUAAAAUAUUCGGGGUGGAAAAAUUUAAUAGAUUUGAUUUCUAUAAAGCUUCAUGAAACCACACAUUAUGUUAAAAAUUUGAUUGUAAUACCAACACAUCGCAAUAAAUGUUAUCAAAAAAUAAGAGCUAUGACUGUAUGUCUUGGAUGCGUAUAUGUAAAAUUUAUAAAUGAAAUUUCUUUAGUUAUUAGCAACAUCUUACAAAUUUGUCAAAAACAAAUUCAAGAAGAGAAAGAUUUAAUUAAAGGAUGUAUUUGCACCGAAGAACUUGUAUACAUAAUAAGCUUAAUAAUUGUUCCACUGAUAACAUUGAUGCAAGGAGCUAUGGAUGCUUUGGAUUUAAUACACAAAUAUCCACAUUAUACACUUGUAAAAAGUUACUGCACAAUAAACAUUUUUUUAGAGUCAUUUAGAAAUAUUAUUGACGAUUUAAACAUACUAACUCUAUCACGUGAUAAUGUUUCUGUAUACAUUUGGACAUUAAAUUUUAUAGAUUAUUUUAUUAAAAUCAAAUUAAAAGAAAUAAAAUUUUUAACUGAUAACUAUUGCGUAUUUGUAUCUUAUGAUCCAAGUGAUUUAUGGAAUAAAUGGGUUCAAGAAUAUAACACAAUUAUUGACCACGGUAAAAGAUUUGUAUUUAUCAAAUUCUUAAAGAAAAAAAUUGAAAAUAAUGUAAAGACAGUCAUUAAAGAACAGUAUAUUCAACUAGGAUUUAAAUUUGAUCCAAUUACUGAAGAAACGUUUGUAGCAACAAGAAAUGACCCAAUUAAAAUAGAAUUGGAACUUAAUGCAAUUGAUGACUAGUCUCCAACGACAAGCAAAUAGUAACUUAUUAAAAGUUGUAAUCAAAUUAAUUUUGCUGUACAUUAAAUAACUAUUGUGUAAUAUUACAAUAAACUAAAAUAUAACAUUAGAAAUAAUAAAAUAAAAUUUUAGUCGUUUUAACAAACAAUUCUUUAUACCUGUAUAAUAUUAUUUAUUGUCUAUGUAUUAUUUUAUUUUUCAAAUUGUGUUCUUGUUUAUGAUCUUUUAGUUAUAUAAUUUAAUUAUUAUGUUUGUGACAUUGAAAAAUACAAAAUUUAUCUAUUUUGCUUUGCUUUUACUCUAAGUAAAGCUAUAUAAGUUUUCUCAUUAAAACACGAUAGGGUAUCUAUAUGAUACGUCCUUGAUUGUAUUAAC